AUGGAGACCUUGGCAGACUUCAAAAAGCACCUACGACGCACGUAUGGGAGCUACUUGCGAGCCUGGCGGCUGGUGCUCAGCCCCAAUGAUUCAGUGACGGUGUCCCGCACCCAGUUCUUGACCGCGUGCUCGGCUCUGGGAUUUAAGGAUGCUGGCAAAGUUCUUUGGCGCGCCUUCGGAAGGGACGAGCUGAGCCCCAUCUCCCUGGACUUCUUGGACCCAGAGUCUGCUGAAGUGCUGGCGCAUUUCCAGCAGCUUGUCCAGCAGCUCGGUGGUGUGAGCGCUGCUUUCCGUGUCUUCGACAAGAAGGAUGUGAAGCGAAUAAAGAUGCCAGAGUUCAUCUCCACUCUGAAUUCGCUGGAUGCAUCCUUGCCAGCAAAGCAGUUGUUCUACGGCUUGGACACGGAUGCAAACGGUCGGCUGGAAAUUGAGGACUUCAAAUUUCUGGAGAAGUGGAAGCUUCCGGAGUUUCUGAUUGCAAGUCCCAACGAAGAGGCCAAGGAGGAGGUCAAGCGAGACCUACUCGUGACCUACAAGACCUAUUUGAAAGCUUGGCGACUGGCCCUUGACGAGAACAACUCAAACAGGUGCACAUGGCCGGAGUUCCAAUCCGCGUGCCGGAAAGUGAACUUCACAGGUGAUGUGGCAGGGGCUUGGCGCGCUUUGGACACCGACCUCUCGGGGAGCAUCACCCUUCAGGAAGUCGACUACGAAUCCUCUGCUACAUUGGCCGUUUUCAAGAAAUGGGCAGAUGAUAACUUCGGUGGAAUUCGAUCGGCUUUCAUGGUCUUUGACAGCGAUGGGUCGAAUGGCGUCACGCUCCGGGAAUGGCGCCAUGCUUGCCGAAUUUAUGGCUUCCACCAGGGCGCCUCCAACCUUUUCAAGCAGCUCGAUGCCGAGGGUGUGGGCUCCCUGUCGCUGGACCAGGUUGCAUUCCUGGAUGACUGGGACUUUCAGCCGGAAAAGACAGCAAUGUCCGCGACGCCUUCGCAGCACUCGCCGACACGGACAGAGCGGAAAGUCGCUCCUGGCGGCUUCUCGCAGCAGAGCCCUGUUGGAGCUGGGGCGAAGCAGAAAAUCUUGCGUCGGCCACAAGGGCUGGCGCUUCCCAGCCGAGUGGUUUGGGGCGAGCUCCCCUGCAAGUGCCCGCGGCCUCCACCGCGCGGGCCAGGAACGGGCCUGCCGCGGGCGUGGUGUUGCAAAUGCCGUGCGCGUGGCCCAUGCCGCCACUUUGCUCGUGCAGACGGUGUACGGUCUCUGGCCCCGUCCCCACGAACUGCUGGCUAUGACGCCCUCAUGUCGCCCGACCCGUUGGUACUCCAGAUACCGCUGGCUCAGGGAAAGGAUCAAACCAUCGACGACAAGGCUAUCGGAAUCAGCAAUCAGAUCGUCCAGCAGUUCCUGGCCCUGACCUGCGAGGCUGCUUCAGCGGCGUGCGCGCUGAAAUGGAAGGCAGGUGAGGCGAGCGAGGACCGACCGCAUGAACUGUCGAUCGCUUUCCCGGACCUGACGAAUUCGCAGCGGUCCAGCGACUCUUUGGGUGCCCAGGUGCAGCUUAUGGCCCUGCAGCACUUUCCAAUGGGCACCUGGGACUUCCCGUUGCCUUUCUUGGCCUCCUCGCCCUCGCGGCAGUUGCUGCUGCAGGCAUGCUUCGUACACUCAUACAAACAUGCUGCUUGA